GUCCAUUCAAUGAAAUACUGCCUCCAUCGAAAGCUACAAAACGUCAGACAUCGAUGAUAGUUCAAGAACAACAACCACCGACGCCAACUGAUUGGUAUGCAUCUCCAUCGCCUCAACAACAACAACAGCAAUCACCUAGAGCGAUGACACCAUUAUCAAGUGGUCCAUUAACACCUCAAACAGCACCACCAUCCUCGAUGAAUGAACAAAAUAAUGUAUCGAGCCAACAACAGCAAACAA